AACCAGUGAUAAAUGCGGUCGAGCCAUUCUAUGAGCAACGUGUUAUGGAAACGCUUGAGCAUAUCGCCGAAAUCAUCCCUCAUGAUGACGUGGUGAUUCAAUGGGACUUGUGCUUCGAGAUGACGGGGCUUGAAUUCGAUAAGGGACGGUUUACUGAUGUUUGGCAUCGGCCCUACUUUUCCGAAGACGUGCUACAGGGAGAUUACCUUUCAUCUUUGCUACGGCGAUCUCUAUCGUAGGCACUUCAUUGAGCCCCAGGAUACGUCGCUCUUAAUUGAGCUCACCAACGCCCUGCUCACUCACAAAACACUCAAAUCGCGAACUGAAUGGAUUCACCUGCCUGUACCAAAGGGACGAACGGAUUCUGAUUACUUGGCGCCCCUGAAUGGUCUUAAGCUUGAUAGUCCCAGCUUGAACCGCCCCGCGUGUACCUUGGGCUAGUGCAUGCCAAUGAUAAAGCCGGGACAAAGAAACGCAUCGAGAUUGCACAGAUCAGUGUUCCAUUCCCCUUCGGUGUGGGGACAGAA